GAAUACGAGACGGUGGGAAUAAGAGAGGGUGGAAAACGAGCUCGAAGGGGCUGAUGUUGAUAAGGGCGAACCGCGUUAAUUGACAUCACCAUCCUCGGGCUUCAUCCCACGGCCACGCGGGGGCGGGGAGAGGGGAACGCAGCCGCUGCACCUGCCGCCCCGCCCCACCGCCCGCCCCGUCGAGGCGCUGCCGAGUCGGGCCGGGCCGCCUGGGGAGCGGAGCCGUCGGAGCUGCGUCCGCUAUGGGGACGGCGUACGAGCGGAUGCGAUGCAUCAAGAUCCUGCUGUUCAUCUUCAAUCUGAGCUUCUGGCUGGCAGGGUUGGCUGUCAUUGCUUUUGGCCUGUGGCUGCGGUUUGGUGGAGCUAUGGCAGAGUUUGCUUCAGACAAAAGGUCUCCAGAGUAUUUCUUCAUAGGUCUGUAUGUACUGGUGGGAGCCGGGGCUCUCAUGACCACAGUUGGAUUCUUUGGGUGCUGUGGAGCAGCGCGGGAGUCUCAGUUCUUACUUGGAGCAUUCUUUGCUUGCUUGUUGGUGAUAUUUGCAGCUGAGAUCACUGCUGGAGUGUUUGCAUUUAUAGGCAAGAAAGUGGCAAUACAGGAAGCCCAGAGAAUCUAUGAAGACAUUUAUGAUGAGUACAUGAAAAACCCGGGGAAGGUCAACAGAACCAUCUAUCACUACCACUUGGCUCUCCAGUGCUGUGGUAAAGAUAAUUUGGAACAACACACGGCAUUACCUUGUCCAGAGAAAAUGCAGGUGCCCAAGAACUGCCUGGUUGAAAUCCAUAACGUCAUCGAUGCCAAUCUGCAUCUAGUUGGGAUUGUUGGGAUUGCAAUUGCUGGCACCACAAUCUUUGGCAUGAUAUUCAGCAUGGUUCUGUGCUGUGCUAUCCGUAACACGAGAGAAAUGAUCUGAAACUGUCACUGCACAACUGUGUCCAGAAGCUUUACAAGAAGCUUUACAAGAAGCGCUCUUCUACCCAGCUUAAUAACUGUAAUGUAUUUUAAUUAGUGUUUUAACAUACUGAGAGGAAAAUAUCCCAUUCGGUGUGGAGGUGAAUUGUAUCAGCGACAGUAAAACCGGAAUGGACAAAAAAAAGGGUUUUUAAAUGUCCUUUUUAAUGAAAAGAGCCGAGGUGGCAUCUAAGACUAAUUUGAUUUUUAAUGUUUGUGUGUGUGUGCAAUUAAGAGCUUCCAUAUCUCUAGGCACUGUGUAAGUACAUGCAUUCCUCUCAUUACAGAUAUGUAUGCACGUUAGCAGGUAUCUGUGUAUGUAGUACCUUACGUAGGUAAGUAUGAGCAGAUGGGAUGUGCUGUGUGUCCACAUUUGCAUGCAUCUUUUUCCAGUCUCACUAUGCAGGAGGGUACACACACCCAUAGGUUUCUUGAAACACUUUCAUUCCAAGCCUCCAUUUGCCAACAGCUGGCAGAGGAACAAAUGCCAUUUUAAAAAGACCCAGAAUCCAUUUUGUGACUAUUCCAUCCAAACCCUAAAAAGGAAAUGUAUAUUGUUUUAAAUGACUUUAUCUUCCAAAGCCCCUGGACGUGGUCCUGGGCUCACUGCCCUUCCUGACCCUAGUGCUUGGAGCAGGGGAUGCAGAGCUCCCUUCCAACUGCAUCCAUUCUGUGACUUCACUGGCAUGCACAGACCGGAGUUCUGUUUUUAUUCAGGUCCAGUUGCGUUUUCAUGCAAGAGCAGAAAGCUCUGUGGGAGGAAACAGCCCGAGGAGAUCUGGGCUAAACAAAGAGGGGAGGAGGUAGGAAGCUGGCAGGAGCGAUUGUAACACAGUGUGGUGAGACAAAAACCAAAACCAAACCACCAAAACCUCUGCGUGUGAAAGAGGCAACUAAAAUCUCUAUUCAGAAGUCCCUUUAUGCUGUAAGACUGUGAUCUGUAAUGCUGGUGCAGGAGUAGAACCUGUGUUAAGGAAAGCAGCAGCUUUGUCAGAUGCCCUGUAGAGCCUCAAUGGUGUGUAGAACCCAACGGAGGAGGGGAAAAUGGUCAGGGAAAAACACACAGCACUUUAAUAUCCUCUGGUUUUGCUUCUGUGACUAUCACAGCUUCCUGGGGGCUCCUACCUCAACCUCCCACCCCUUCCUGCAGGAGUAAGGCAGGAAAGACAGAAAGAUGGGAUAAUGUUACACGUGUUGGUGUGUAACAUUCAUCCCUCCUGCUGUUUUUCUUUCAUUUCCAACAGAAACUCCAACUUCUCUCAGUUUUCUGUAACUUCAAUACUGGAAAUGGUGCUGCUGUUUCAUGUUUCCCACUUAACUGACACUUCUUGCUGUCUUUUACAUGGAUGUCACUCUCCAAAUUGUUCACCCACAAGCUGUGACUAUCCAGUGACAUGGAUGCAGCUGUGCAUGUAGGAGAAGCCUUAGGUUGGGGCUUGAACUGGUGAUGGAGCACCUGGUGAAGGGGUGCUGUUGGCCUAAGGAGCAAACUGUUUGCACCUGUGCUCUCCCAUGUGCCCAGAAGGGCUGAACCCAAUGCAGAGCCACCCUGGGCUCAUAUAAGGGGCAGCCACUGAAGGGAGAGUUUCUUUUGGACCUUGGCUGCUUCCUGAGGAGUGCUGCAUUGCCAGAGAGCCCCUUCACCAGCUGGGUGAGUCCAGUGCUUCUUUGUCUAUAAUAUGGCUAUUGGUGUGCUGUGAAUGCUUUGUGUAGUAUCGCUGAGAGCCUAUCAGCAGCUGUUUUGCAUAAAAUAGCAUUAAAAAUUGCACUAAACGUAAACUGUGAUAACAGCCACAUGCUCAGCAGCCACUGACAGAUGAGCAGUUUCCAGGCUUAACUUCAGGUCCCCAUUUGGAAUUGCAUCACAGACCAGUGAGCUCCACUCUUGUUUCAGCUCUUAAUGGUGAAAGCCCUUUGUUCUCUGCUGGCAGCAGGGAAUCACUGCCAAGUUACUGCACUGUGUAUCCUCAGUGAGAAUGCAUUUCAAAAUCAAACCUGAGCUUCCUCAGGUGCAGUUCAUGCUCCAAAGCUGCAUGUCAGGAUUUCAUUAACCGACUUCUGCUCUGACUGCCUCAGAAUCCAGCAGAAGUGCCCAUCUGGUCAGGGAAGUGGUAACAGGCCAAAGCCUUCUGGGGAUAACUCUGAAAGCACAGCACACAACUUCUUCCUAUCCAGCCAACCGCCUUGUUCUCCACUAUAAACUUGUAAAUAGCUGAUUCCUUUCUUAUCUCUUUGAAGAUCAUUAUUUGUCAUUCCCUUGCCUGGUUUUCCUGAGCAGCAGACUCCAGUGGGAGCUUCACAUAUUGCAAACUAACUGCAGCCUGUCUUGCAGAGACUGAGCAGGAGCUGAUGAAGAACAGCCUUUUAAUAUCCCUAUAGCGAGGAUUCAUAUUUCACUUCUAUACCAAAAGUGAUAGUUUUAUAGCAAGACAUAUUUCAUGCGUAUUGAGAAGGGAAUUGGGUUUUCUUAAGCCUCCAAAUGCUCUCAAAGCCUUCAGAGGCUGAUUAACAGCAUCAGGUGCUGUUUGUAGGACACCUGCAUAAGCAAAGCUCGCCAUUCUCACUGCUGUUGGUGCUCCGGUUGCUGCUGGGUUCUCCACAACACAAACUGCUUCCAAUGUGAUGUUUGUUUCCACAACUUGAGUUCUGAUUUGGGGCAGAGCUGGGAUAUUAUUUGUCUUUGCAAUGCCUGUAGCAGCAUUAUCUCUAUCACAGCUCUCUGUGGGGAAUGAAGAGGAGAGAUGCUGAUACUGUUGCUGAAGGCAGCUGUUCGCUUUCCUUUGGUUUAAUGUGUACUAAAGUGGAAAUGUGUUGGUUUUGUUGUCUUGAAUUUGAAACAAUGUUCUAAUAAAAAUAACCAGCAACACAAGACUCUCA